AUGCCUUCAAUCGAUGCAGCAUCCCCAUUGCCUCUGCGACAGACGGCCGUGGUGGCCCAGGGCGCUGGGAAACUGGCCAUUCAACACGACGUUCCAAUCCCAGUGCUCGCACCCGACAUGGCUAUCGUUAAAACGGCAGCAGUAGCCAUCAACCCCGUGGAUGCCAAGAUUCUCGACUUCAGUCCAGCUCCGGGUGCCAUUGACGGCUACGAUUUCGCCGGCACCAUUGUAGCUCUCGGAGAGGAGGUGACGGCCUCGGGCCGGUUCGCGGUCGGGGAUCGCGUGGCGGGUAUGGUAUUUGGGAUGAACAAGCUGAAGCCAGACAUCGGCGCGUUUGCCCAGUACGUUGGGGCGUGUGCGGAUAUUCUGCUGAAGAUUCCGAAGGACAUGUCGUUUGAGGAGGCGUCUGGCCUCGGACUCGGCGUGGCCACGGCUGCCAUGGCUCUCUUCAAGGAACUGCAGGUGCCCGCCUCGCUUGAAGAUCUUCGGGAGGGCCUACAGGUGGAAAAGGAGCUCAAGAGCGAUGAUUUCGUGCUGGUGGCGGGCGGCAGCACGGCCACAGGUACACGAGCCAUCCAGCUGUUGAAACUUGCGGGUCUGCGUCCAAUUGCGACAUGUUCGCCGGCAAACUUCGAACUAGCCACCCGCUUCGGUGCCGAGAUGAUUUUUGACUACCGCAGCCCCACGUGUGCAGAGAACAUCCGCGCCUAUACGGGCAAUCAGCUCGAGUAUGCCCUGGACUGUGUGACACAGGCCGACACGACCCAGAUGUGCUACGCAUCUCUCGGCCGUGCGGGAGGCCGCUACGUCGCCCUCGAGCCGUUCCGCGACUCCAUAGCCCAGUCCCGAAGCGCGACGGUAGAGGCAUCUUGGCUCAUGGUGUUGACCAUCUUUGGAGGCCAGGUGGCCCUGGAUGGCGACUACUACCGAGAUACCAGUCCCGAGGACCGCAAAGUUGGUGCUGAACUAUUUGCUGUGGUGCAGGGCCUGUUGGAUCGCGGUCUCAUCGACCCACAUCCGGUGAAGGUCAUGCCUGGGGGCUGGCAUGGCGUUGUUGAGGCGGUGGAUACAAUCCGCAAGCAACCUCAGUCGGGCCAUAAGCUAGUAUGUCCGGUUUCAUAG